AUGUCGAAGAAAGAUAUCUGCUCCACCAAGAUCCCAAACAUCGGGGAUCUUGAUCAGAACCAAGCCUCUCACCACCAUCAUACACCAGAAAAUGCGUCUCGACUUGCCUCCCUCGCAGACCGAGGCGUCGGCCGCCUCGCCGCCGAGCGAUACUUCCUCUGGAACCCGGGCUCCACCAUACAUGUAAAGUUCCUCGGCGGCAGCCCACAGCUCCAGCGGCGCGUAGCGGCGGCGGCUUCCACGUGGCUCAACUACGCCAAUUUGCACGUCCAGUUCUUCUCCACGGGUCAGGCUGAGAUCCGUAUCGCCUUCGACCAGGACGGGCACUGGUCCUACGUCGGCACCCACUGCCUCCAAUUCCCGGACCAGCGCUCCAAGACCAUGAAUCUCCAGCUGACCGACAGGGACACGGACGAGGAGGUCCGGCGUGUGGCGCUGCACGAGUUUGGCCACGCACUGGGAUGCGUGCACGAGCACCAGAGUCCGCGGGCGCGGAUUCGCUGGCGGACGAACUAUGUGUACGCUUGGUACUGGAAUCACCUGCGCUGGUCCUCGCAGGAGGUGUACAACCAGGUCAUCAAACCGUACGAGAGCGCGGAAGUCGAGGCUACCGGCUUCGAUUUGCAGUCCAUCAUGAUUUACCCCAUCCUGCGCGAGUUUACCGAGGACGGCAUCUCUGUUGGAUGGAUUACCAAUCUUUCCUACACUGAUACGACUUACAUCUCUCAGCUCUACCCCAGUGGAGGGGGAGGUGGUGGCAGUGCAAACGGAGGCGACAUCAAUGCUCGGGAUGAGAAGGGGAGAACCGCUCUCCAUCGUGCAGCAGAGUCUGGUGACGAGUCCAAGGUGACGUGGCUCCUCAAGCAGGGCGCGUCUGUCGACCUGCAGGAGUACGUUUUCGGAUACACACCGCUGCACACAGCAGUGUGGAACAGACACCCCAAGGUGGUCCUGCUGCUCUUGCUUCAAGGUGCUAGAAAGGAUUUGAAAACCACGGCAGGGUUCACGCCUCUUGGGCUGGCAAAUUUGUGGAGGUACUCGGAUAUAAUCGCGCUUCUACAGUAG